AUGGUGAAGCUUACAACAUCAUACAACCUCGAUCAGAAACACCACCUGGAGCUGACGUGUACUUACGCUGGCUCGUCAGCGCCAUCCUCUCUGUCCAGCCAACUGCACGCUAUCUCCCCCGCUACUCAGCGGCUUCUCGAAGAUAGCAGCGCAUCUGUCGGCGGGCUAGGCGGGUUGGCGACGCCGAGCAGCUCGACUUCCGGUCCAUCGCCAGAGGCUACAGAUUUGAAAUUAACCAAGUCUGGAACUGGCUUUAAAGAUUCAACCCACUGGACCUCCGUCCUGAGCGGCGUGACAGACGCGAAAGGCCAAGAUGAUCCACUAGGCGCGAUCCAAUCGGAGACUGUAUUCGACGAUGGUUCGUCACCUCUCGACCAGAAUGUCCUCCUCUUUGAGGGGUGCAAACAUGCCACUGACCAAGAACUCCUCGGUUCGAUGCCACCAAGGAGAGAAUCCGACAGCUUGGUCGCACUCUACUUUCGGGCUCAGGAAUACCGAUCUGUAAUACACCCGAUCGAGUUCUUGAAGAGAAGCCAAGCGAGCGGCCUCUUGAGUGCCCAGAACAACGCGUCGUCCGCCCGGUCACCCGCAGCCUUGUAUAAGAUGCUGGGCUAUCGAGAAAAGGUCGUCCAGUGCCUCGUCCGAGGUCAGUUCGCCAAGGGGGGUCCUGACAUUAUGGAAACCCUUGUUCACUACGUCUUGAUCGAGAGCUACUUGAACAGGGACUCCAACAUUGGGGUCUGGCUAUUGAUGGGCAACAUUGUCCAAAUAGGUACGUCUUCAUGUUCGUCUGUGCCAGAGUUUUACAGCGAAGCCUUGUCUAGCACCCAAAAAGGACCCCCCCCUUCCCCCACCACCACCACCCAAGGUCUGUGUUAUCUCCGAAGGAAGGCUGCUAAAGAGAGCUUGAUAGCUAUCCGCAUGGGCUACCAUCGAGACCCGCUGCACUUCAAGUCCCUAUCCCCCUACCAGGGCGAGAUGAGGCGGCGGAUGUGGGCUAUGAUAUGCUCGCUCGACAUAGGAUUCUCAACGCAGAUGGGCCUUCCGAGCAGCAUCAAGCACUCGCUCAGCGACACCAAGCCGCCUCGAAACCUUCAGGACCGCGACUUUGACGCCGGCUCGACUGACCUGCCGCCCGCGAGACCUAUCGACGAACUUACCUCGAGCACCGUGAUCCUUGCCAAGCUUCAUGUCGCCACCAGCUUGGGCGUCGUAUCAGACAUGGUCUGCAAUCCUCACCCGCUAUCAUAUGAGGACCUCAUCGCAGCGAAUUCAACACUAGACGUAAUGUAUACGACCAUUCCCGACCCAUGCAAGUUCCGACCCAUGUCCGAAUCUCUGCUGGACCCUCCAAGUGUCGUAUUUCAGCGGAUAAACUUUUACAUGCAUUACCAAAGAGCCCGGAUCCUCAUCAACUGGAAGUUUCUCGGUACCUCAAAGGAUACAACUCGCAGCAAUCAGUGCUGGAGUAUCGUGAUCGAAGCGGCCUUGGAGAUCAUGCGGCUGCAACACCGCAUGGCGGAGGAGUCCGAGGUCUUAGAUGUGUUCCGCCCUACUGCAUCGCAAGGACGGGCUGUCGGCCCAGGAUCUGUUGGAAGUGCGAAGCCUGCUGGAAAGGAGCCUGGCCAUCUGGAGCUGCACAAACGACUUGUCGAGAGAAGCAAACAAGGUAGUCACGGCUCUGAGGGUCGUACUCGGAAAACCGGAGGAGCCUAG